GGCGCCCCGCGCCGGGCCUGGCGAGGCCGCUGCGCCGCCGCUGAGGCGGGCCCCGCGCACAGCCGGGCGGCGCAGGUGAGGCCGGCGGCGCCAUGGUGGACCCAGUGGGCUUCGCCGAGGCGUGGAAGGCGCAGUUCCCGGACUCCGACCCGCCGCGCAUGGAGCUGCGCUCCGUGGGCGACAUCGAGCAGGAGCUGGAGCGCUGCAAGGCCUCCAUCCGGCGCCUGGAGCAGGAGGUGAACCAGGAGCGCUUCCGCAUGAUCUACCUGCAGACACUGCUGGCCAAGGAGAAGAAAAGCUACGACCGACAGCGCUGGGGCUUCCGGCGCGCCACGCAGCCCCCCGACGGCACCGCCGAACCCCGUGCGCCCGCGCAGCGCCCGCAACCCGCGCCCGCCGACGGCGCCGACCCGCCACCUGCGGAGGAGCCCGAGACCCAGCCCGACGGAGAGGGAUCCCCGAGCAAGGCCAGGCCCGCGGCCGCCCGCAGGCCCGGGGCCCCCGCGCCCGUCGACCGGGACGACCGGGGGGUCCCCACCAGCGUGGCGGCACUUAGGUCCAACUUCGAGAGGAUCCGCAAGGGCCAUGGCCAGCCCGGGGCGGCCGAUGCGGAGAAGCCCUUCUAUGUGAACGUCGAAUUUCACCACGAGCGUGGCCUGGUGAAGGUCAACGACAAAGAGGUGUCGGACCGGAUCAGCUCUCUGGGCAGCCAGGCCAUGCAGAUGGAGCGCAAGAAGUCCCAGCACGGCGCUGGCCCGGGCCUGGGGGACACUCCCAGGCCCUGUUACCGGGGGCGCUCCUCCGAGAGCGGCUGCGGCCUCGACGGUGACUAUGAAGACGCCGAGCUGAACCCUCGCUUCCUAAAGGACAACCUGAUUAACGCUAAUGGCGGCAGCAGGCCCCCUUGGCCGCCCCUGGAGUACCAGCCCUACCAGAGCAUCUACGUGGGGGGCAUGAUGGUGGAAGGGGAGAGCAAGGGCCCACUCCAGCGCAGCCAGAGCACCUCUGAGCAGGAGAAGCGCCUCACCUGGCCCCGCCGGUCCUACUCCCCUCGAAGCUUUGAGGACAGCGGAGGCGGCUACACCCCGGACUGCAGCUCCAAUGAGAACCUCACCUCCAGCGAGGAGGACUUCUCCUCGGGCCAGUCCAGCCGCGUGUCCCCGAGCCCCACCACCUACCGCAUGUUCCGGGACAAAAGCCGCUCACCCUCGCAAAACUCACAGCAGUCCUUCGACAGCAGCAGCCCCCCCACGCCACAGUGCCAGAAGCGGCACCGACAGGGCCAGGUCGUAGUGUCCGAGGCCACCAUCGUGGGCGUCCGCAAGACGGGGCAGAUCUGGCCCAGUGAUGGGGACAGCUUGUCUGGCAGGCUGCCUCAGGAUGCCACCUUCCAUGGAGAUGCAGAUACGACAUUCGGAACGCCUCCUGGAUAUGGCUGUGCUGCGGACCGGGCCGAGGAGCAGCGCCGACACCAGGAUGGACUGCCCUACAUCGAUGACUCACCCUCCUCCUCACCCCACCUCAGCAGCAAGGGCAGGGGCAGCCGGGACGCACUGGCCUCGGGAGCCCUGGAGUCCACCAAAGCAAGUGAGCUGGACUUGGAAAAGGGCUUGGAGAUGAGAAAAUGGGUCCUGUCUGGAAUCUUGGCCAGUGAGGAGACAUACCUGAGCCACUUAGAGGCGCUGCUGCUGCCCAUGAAGCCUUUGAAGGCCGCUGCCACCACCUCUCAGCCAGUGCUGACGAACCAGCAGAUCGAGACCAUCUUCUUCAAAGUGCCUGAGCUCUAUGAGAUCCACAAGGAAUUCUACGAUGGGCUCUUCCCCCGCGUGCAGCAGUGGAGCCACCAGCAGCGAGUGGGCGACCUCUUCCAGAAGCUGGCCAGCCAGCUGGGUGUGUACCGGGCCUUUGUGGACAACUACGGAGUUGCCAUGGAAACAGCAGAGAAGUGCUGUCAGGCCAAUGCUCAGUUUGCAGAAAUAUCUGAGAACCUGAGAGCCAGAAGCAACAAGGAUGCCAAGGACCAAACAACCAAGAACUCUUUGGAAACCCUGCUCUACAAGCCUGUGGACCGGGUGACACGCAGCACGCUGGUCCUGCAUGACUUGCUGAAGCACACACCCUCCAGCCACCCCGACUACCCUCUGCUGCAAGACGCCCUCCGCAUCUCUCAGAACUUCCUGUCCAGCAUCAACGAGGAGAUCACGCCCCGCCGACAGUCCAUGACCGUGAAGAAGGGCGAGCACCGACAGCUGCUGAAAGACAGCUUCAUGGUAGAGCUGGUGGAGGGGGCCCGCAAGCUACGCCACGUCUUCCUGUUCACUGACCUGCUCCUCUGCACCAAGCUCAAGAAGCAGAGCGGAGGCAAAACCCAGCAGUAUGACUGCAAAUGGUACAUCCCGCUCACGGAUCUCAGCUUCCAGACGGUGGAUGAGUCCGAGGCAGCACCCAACAUCCCCCUGGUGCUCGAUGAGGAGCUGGAUGCCAUGAAGAUGAAGAUCUCCCAGAUCAAGAGUGACAUCCAGAGAGAGAAGAGAGCAAACAAGGGCAGCAAGGCCAUCGAGAGGCUGAAGAAGAAGCUUUCGGAGCAGGAAUCACUGCUCCUGCUCAUGUCCCCCAGCAUGGCUUUCCGGGUGCACAACCGCAACGGCAAGAGUUACACAUUCCUGAUAUCAUCCGACUACGAGCGCGCUGAGUGGAGGGAGACUGUCCGGGAGCAGCAGAAGAAAUGUUUCAAAAGCUUCUCCCUGACGUCUGUGGAGCUGCAGAUGCUGACCAACUCAUGUGUCAAACUUCAGACUGUCCACAGCAUCCCGCUGACCAUCAACAAAGAAGAUGAUGAAUCUUCCGGGCUCUAUGGGUUCCUGAAUGUCAUUGUCCACUCCGCCACCGGCUUUAAGCAGAGUUCAAAUCUGUACUGCACCCUGGAAGUGGACUCCUUUGGGUAUUUUGUGAAUAAAGCCAAGACACGAGUCUAUAGGGACACAGCUGAGCCCAACUGGAAUGAGGAGUUUGAGAUUGAGCUGGAAGGCUCCCAGACCUUGAGGAUUCUGUGCUACGAAAAGUGUUACAACAAAACGAAGAUCACCAAGGAAGACGGCGAGAACACAGACAGGAUCAUGGGAAAGGGCCAGGUCCAGCUGGACCCCCAGGCCCUGCAGGACAGAGACUGGCAGCGGACCGUCAUCGCCAUGAACGGGAUUGAAGUGAAACUGUCAGUCAAGUUCACCAGCAGGGAGUUCAGCUUGAAGAGAAUGCCUUCCAGAAAACAGACAGGGGUCUUCGGAGUCAAGAUUGCUGUGGUCACCAAGAGGGAGAGGUCCAAGGUGCCCUACAUCGUGCGCCAGUGCGUGGAAGAGAUCGAGCGCCGGGGUAUGGAGGAAGUGGGCAUCUACCGCGUGUCCGGAGUGGCCACAGACAUCCAGGCACUGAAGGCGGCCUUUGACGUCAAUAACAAGGACGUGUCCGUGAUGAUGAGCGAGAUGGACGUCAACGCCAUUGCCGGGACUCUCAAGCUUUACUUCCGCGAGCUGCCUGAGCCCCUUUUCACUGACGAGUUCUACCCCAACUUCGCUGAGGGCAUCGCUCUUUCAGACCCUGUUGCAAAGGAGAGCUGCAUGCUUAACUUACUGCUGUCGCUUCCGGAAGCCAACCUGGUGACCUUCCUGUUCCUUCUGGACCACCUGAAAAGGGUGGCAGAAAAGGAGGCGGUGAACAAGAUGUCCCUGCACAACCUCGCCACAGUCUUCGGCCCCACGCUGCUCCGGCCCUCAGAGAAAGAGAGCAAGCUCCCUGCCAACCCCAGCCAGCCCAUCUCCAUGACUGACAGCUGGUCCCUGGAGGUUAUGUCCCAGGUCCAGGUGCUGCUGUACUUCCUACAGCUGGAGGCCAUCCCUGCCCCAGACAGCAAGAGACAGAGCAUCCUAUUCUCCACCGAAGUCUAAAGGCCCAACUCCAUCUCCAAGAGGCCGGCAGAACGGCCUGGAAAUCUCCUAGUGAAACGGGCCAUCCACAAAGCGGGAACCAAACCUUCUGGAGGAGUAAUUGGGCCACCCCCAAGGGCCAGGCCAUCUGCCAAGAGACAGCUAGCUACCCAAGGCAAAAGGCCAAAUGACCUGGGCAGUUCUGGGCCCCCAGCCUGUGGGCCUACGAGCUCUCAGCUGGCCUCAGGCUGUGGUUUUCCAUACCGCCACCAGAGGGCGCCCCAAGUCAGCUCGGCUCAGAGUGCAGGCCUGGCGCGGAACCAGGCAAAGGGAGUGGUUUUUAUGAACUUAACUUACCAGAGUUUAAAAGAUUUCUACUGGAUCACCUGUCAAGAUGCACCCUCUCCGGAGAGAAGGGAAAACGACCAGAUUCCUUCACUAUCGUGUCUUGAAUAAACACUGCUGCUGCUUCAUACCAUGGGGGCCACAGCGCGUCCCUCUGUGGGUGGAGGCACUUAGAUUUCCUUGA